AUGGUGUCUAGAUCCUACUCGAACCUUCUCGAGCUGGCCUCCGGCGAGCCGCCGUCCAUCGGCCGGAUCCGCCGCCGGAUUCCCCGGGUGAUGACGGUGGCCGGCAUCAUCUCCGACCUCGACGAGGACUCCGACUCCGACAACUCCGCCGGCCCCUCCUCCCCCCCCCGCGACCGCACCAUCGUCGUCUCCAACCACCUCCCCAUCCGCGCCCACCGCCGCCCCGACAACCGCGGCUGGACCUUCUCCUGGGACGAGGACUCCCUCCUCCACCAGCUCAAGGAUGCCAUUGGAGAUCACUGCGAUAUGGAAUUCGUCUACGUCGGCUGCCUUCGCGACGAGAUUCCCCUCGCCGACCAGGAUGAGGUCGGCCAGAUCCUCCUCGAGACCUUCAAGUGCGUGCCGGCCUUCCUGCCGCCCGACCUCCUCGCCCGAUUCUACCAUGGCUUCUGCAAGCAGCAGCUGUGGCCGCUUUUCCAUUACAUGCUCCCUCUGUCGCCGGAGCUCGGCGGCCGCUUCGACCGGUCCCUCUGGCAGGCCUACGUCUCGGUUAACAAGAUAUUCGCCGAUAAGAUUCUGGAGGUGAUCAACCCUGAUGACGAUUUUGUCUGGGUCCAUGACUACCACCUCAUGGUCCUGCCGACCUUCCUCAGGAAGAGGUUCAAUCGGGUCAAGCUCGGAUUUUUCCUCCACAGCCCGUUCCCCUCGUCGGAAAUCUAUAAGACGUUGCCCGUCCGGGAGGAGCUCCUGCGGGCGCUGCUGAACUCCGACUUGAUUGGAUUCCACACAUUCGACUAUGCCCGCCAUUUCCUGUCCUGCUGCAGUAGGAUGCUCGGGCUGUCGUAUGAGUCGAAGAGGGGUUAUAUUGGAUUGGAGUAUUACGGCCGGACGGUUAGCAUCAAGAUUCUGCCGGUCGGAAUUCAUAUGGGUCAGCUCCGGUCGGUGCUGAGCCUCUCCGAGACAGAGGCGAAGGUCGCGGAGCUCGUCGAGCAGUUCCGGGAUCGGGGAAGGGUGAUGCUUCUCGGUGUCGACGACAUGGACAUCUUCAAAGGGAUCAGCUUGAAGCUGCUGGCCAUGGAGGAGUUGCUCAAGCAGCACGCCGAGUGGCGGGGGAAGGUGGUCUUGGUUCAGAUCGCUAACCCGGCAAGGGGGAGGGGGAGGGACGUCAGGGAAGUCCAGGAGGAGACCCAUGCGACGGCGAGGAGGAUCAAUGAUGCCUAUGGCGAGAAUGGGUAUGAGCCUGUUAUUUUGAUCAAUGAGCCGCUUCAGUUCUACGAGAGAAUGGCUUACUAUGCGGUGGCAGAGUGUUGUUUGGUGACGGCGGUGAGGGAUGGCAUGAAUCUCAUCCCUUAUGAGUACAUUAUUGCUCGACAAGGGAAUGAGAAUUUGGAUGGUGUCUUGGGUUUGAAUCCUUCCACAGUGAGGAAGAGUGUGCUGGUGCUUUCGGAGUUCAUCGGCUGUUCGCCGUCGUUGAGUGGAGCAAUCCGGGUGAAUCCAUGGAAUAUAGAAGCCGUGGCUGAUGCAAUGGUCUAUGCCUUGGAAAUGCCUGAGGCGGAGAAGCAGCUACGGCAUGAGAAGCACUAUAGGUAUGUCAGCACACAUGAUGUGGGCUACUGGGCAAAUAGCUUCUUGCAGGAUUUGGCGAGGACGUGCCGUGACCACUCCAAGAGGAGGUGCUGGGGAAUUGGGUUUGGUUUGGGGUUCAGGGUUGUUGCUCUUGAUUCGAACUUUAGGAAGCUCGCAAUGGAGCACAUUGUUUCAGCAUAUAAGAGAACUAAAACCCGGGCCAUCCUGCUGGAUUAUGAUGGUACGUUGAUGCCGCAAGCGUCGAUCAAUAAGAGCCCAAGCUCCAAGUCCAUUGAAAUCUUAAAUAGCUUGUGUUCCGAUACGAGUAAUGUGGUCUUUCUUGUGAGCGCCAGAAGUCGAAGCACUCUCGGCGAGUGGUUUUCGCCUUGCGAGAAUCUGGGCAUGGCUGCGGAGCAUGGCUACUUUCUCAGGUUGAAGAGAGAUGCUGAGUGGGAAACAUGCAUUCCUGUUGCUGACUGUAGCUGGAAGCAGAUCGCGGAGCCUGUAAUGAAUCUAUACACCGAAACAACUGAUGGUUCGACCAUCGAUGAUAAGGAAACUGCACUUGUCUGGUCCUAUGAGGAUGCUGAUCCCGACUUUGGGUCUUGCCAAGCCAAGGAGCUCCUCGAUCAUCUUGAGAGCGUCCUCGCAAAUGAGCCAGUAUCAGUGAAGAGCGGUCCGCACCUUGUGGAGGUUAAACCACAGGGUGUGAGCAAGGGCCUGGUGGCCCAGCGCCUGCUGUCUGUCAUGCAGGAGAGGGGCUUAUCACCAGACUUCAUACUGUGCAUUGGAGAUGACAGGUCCGAUGAAGAUAUGUUUGAGGUUAUUAGCAAUGCCAUGGCAGGCAGUUCCCUAGCUCCUGCAGCAGAAGUGUUUGCAUGCACGGUUGGUCGGAAGCCCAGUAAGGCUAAAUACUAUCUGGAUGAUACACAUGACAUUGUUAGGCUGAUGCAAGGACUGGCUGCAGUCUCAGAACAAGCACCUCGGAACUUCAAUGAUGUAGGCGGGAGCAACCAGAUGUAUCAGUUCCUUCUGCAGACCUGACAAACUGUUAUAGAUGCUUGUUCAGUUAGGUUUCUACUGCCAUUUGCUUGCUCUGCCUUGAAUUUUGAUUGUGUGAAAUCAUCUCUAAUAUGUAUAAUUGGGCCUGGAACAUAUUGUUGGAUGAUUUCUCCAUCAUUAGUUGCCGGCAUGGCCUUGCCAUAUGUUAAUGAUUAGAUCAUAAGGUGUUUCAGAGUGCUGCUAUGCUUCAUGCAUGUGCUUAAGUGUAAGUGCUGACAGGGCAGUGUGCGGGCUGUGCAUGGAGCCUACGUGGACUGUUAACAGGGCGUUUGGCCAAUCAACUGUCUUGUCAGUGUCUAACUUCAUGUGAGCGUAGGACCUGUUUGUUUUUUUCGUAAAUUGAAGUCUUAAUUUUGCUACUUCGCACGGAAAAGUCUUUAAAGCCACUUUGCAUUCACGUUGAGAUUGUUUGAAGUUUCUAUAUCUGCAUCAGAACUAGAUAUUGUAAAUUCAGACUGGAAAAUGAUGAUUGCAAGGGUAUGUUGACACCACUAUAAUCUUACAUGGAAGCUCUUGGUGUGGUGUCUUAUCCCCACUUGUCCAAGGCAGCUGAGGAUUGGUGCUGCACUUAUGGUACAUUAUGUUGUCAGAAACGGAUUUCCUUUAUUUCAACUUUUGCUGUAGCAACUUGUGAUCUCAAGUGUAAGGAUCUGACUGUGUUAUUGGUUUCUAUUAAGGCCAUAAUCUCUAUUUAGAAGUGUUGUUCAGUCCCUUUCUCCCCUUCUACCUUUUAUCUCCAUGUUUAUUUCCUAUGAUUUUCUGAUGUUCCCGUGCCCUGUUUCUAUCUAAUAUAUGGAUGCAUCAAAAGUGGUGCUGAUGUUAGAACUAGUAACAAUCCUUUUAGGUAUCAACAAGAGCAUCCCCACCUAAUUUGAACUCCUUCGCUCUUAUGCUAGAUGCUUCCUGUCCAUUCUGAACAUACUUAUAC